CACACGCAUUCGCACUGCCGCCCAUACCUCGGCGCGCUCCCACUCGCCAGGCACGCGCGCCGCGCCCCCUCGCCGUUUCCGCGUUUCCUUCCUCAACGGCGACCCCGCGGCCGGGCGCGGAUGCCAAAACCGGCAACCCGGAGCGCGCGCCGUCGUAUUUAAGGAUGCCCCGCUUCCCUAGCCCUAGCCCGCGCCUCCUCCGACCCUCAGCCGCCGCCGUCCCUCGAAACCCUACCCCACUCCGGCGGAUAGAUCCGGCACGUCCUGUCCUCUCCGCCACCAGCCGCCAGAGAUGGCCGCCCGCAACUCAUCCACUUCCCCCUCCGACCAGGUCCCCCAGGCCGCCGUGGCGGCCCCCAAGUCGCCCGUGCUCGCCGCCGACCCGGUGAUGCAAGGGGCAAACAUGGUGGUGCCUAUGCCCCUGCGGGAGCCGGUCAUGACCGUGCCCCCGCAAGGCAGACCUGUGAUGGCACCUCUGCCUUUCCCUGUCGGUCCUCCAUCCUUCAUCCAUGAUGCCGGAUACAUGAUGGGGCGAUCAUUGUUGCCUGCCGGCCCUCAUGCCAUGACGGCGCUCCAGCCUCCACCUGCCGGAUACAUGAUGGGGCACCCGCUGUUGCGUGCCAGCCCUUUGCCGAUGACGGCGCUGCAUCUCCCACAUGACGUACACAUGAUGGCACGGCCGCCUUUGCCUGUUGGCCCACCUCUUCUCAAGCGCCGCCGUCAUGACUACUUUGACAUGCCCUUUGGACAGGAGAUGCCUUAUUGUGAGCAGGAAAUGGCUGGAUUUGAUGAAUCAAGGGCACUGCCUUAUGGGCCUUACAUAAACAAUGAGAUGUCUUCCGUUGGUUCUUAUGAGCCAUAUCUUCCUUCAGAUGCAUCAAACACCCUACAUGUUGAAGGUCUCCCAUCCAACUGUACUAGACGGGAACUUGCACAUAUAUUUCGCCCUUUUACUGGGUUUUGUGCAGUAAGGCUGGUCAACACAGGAUACAAUAGUAGACAUGUAAUAGCUUAUGUUGACUUUGGAACUCCUGCCCAAGCCUUCUCUGCCAUGAAGUCUCUACAAGGUUAUUUGUUUGACAUGCAUGACCGAUACUCACUCAAAUUGGACCUCCAGUUCCUUCCUGGUCCAAGGUCAACUGAUGGCUCGUGGUAGGCAAUAAAUCUUGCAUGUAUUAUCGCAGAAAAAGGAAGCGUUCCGACCCCAUCAAUAAUCUUUCACUUACUGCAAAUACGGUUCCAGUUGGGGAUGUGGCAGUGUUACCGAGGAGUGGGACAGCUUGUAUGCUCAGAAGGUUGCUGCUCAUAAGGAGAAAACAGCAGAAACACGAGUUUUCUCUCCACCUUGCAAGGAGAGAAAAAAACACGAAAAGUUGAUCCUAGCUUCCAAGUAGAUGGCAAUCUUGCAAUUGUGCCAAGAAAAAAUAAAAAUAAAAAAUGAAGCAAAUCCAGCAGUAUUUGAUUUGCCAUCAGAACCUUACAAGUCUGUGGGGGAAGACGAGCCUAUGAAGAAAGAUGAGCCUAUGGGGGAAGAUAAGCCUAUGGAGGAAGAGCAUAUACAAGAAAAGGAAAGUGAUGGUCUUGAAGAAUUUUGGAAUGAGUACUCAGUGGCACUUGAAAGCUCGAAGCUCGACACACUUGAAGAGGCAGCCAAUGAGGAAGAGGUGGACAACGUCUGCAAUCAUGAAAUACAGAUUCUUGAAGAUCUGGGUCAUGUAUGCGGUGUCUGUGAUAUGAUUGUGAGAAGGGCUGACACAAUCAUUGAUUAUCAGUGGAGAAAGGCAUCAAGGUCAAGAUCAUAUUUCUCUGAAAAGUGUUAAAAGGAUUCUGACAAGAUUGUCACUGGUGAUGUUAUAGUCGUUGAAGAAUUCAUGUGUUAGACAUUGCUAUUCAUCCAGGACAUGAAAAGCAAAUGAGACCACAUCAGUUGGCAGGUUUCUGCUUUCUGGUUAAGAAUUUAGUCUCUGACAAACCAGGAGAUUGCAUUCUAGCUCACGCCCUGGUUCCGGGAAAACAUUUAUGCUGAUUAGUUUUAUUCAGAGCUUCUUGGCAAAGUAUCCCUCUGGAAGGCCUCUGGUUGUACUCCCUAAAGGCAUAUUAGGUACAUGGAAACGGGAAUUUCAACUGUGGCAAGUGGAGGACAUACCACUGUAUGGUUUGUGCUCUGUCACCAGAUCAGUUGGAAAUCCUUAACGCUUGGCAAGCAAAUAGGAGUAUCCUCUUGGUUGGAUACACCCAGUUCUCUUGGAUCAUUAACAGUGAUGGGGGUGUCACCGUCGCAGCUGCAUGCUGGGACAUGUUGCUUAUGGUCCCUAACCUACUUAUAAUGGACGAGGGCCAUACACCUAGGAAUGAGUCAUACUCCACGUAAUGUGGUCCUUACACUUUUCUAGAAUCACGUCGCAGAAGUGUUCAACAUCUUGAACCUUGUACACCCAAAGUUUCUCAAGAUAGUAGCAUUUCCUCCUAUAGUUGAUAAUGAGUCAAGUAUCAAUAUCAGGUCGCAAGAUAUCAAAAGGGAUCUCUGAUAAAUUCACCGAGUCAGUAGAAGUGACCCUGCUGCAUGAUAUAACUUCACGAGAAAAACACAUGUCAUUAGAAGUCACAGAGAACCAACAAAAGAUUUGCUUCGCUACUACAAGGGUGAUAUCUUGGAUGAGGUACCUGGCCUAGUAGACUUCAGUGUCUUGACUGUCUUCUUGAAACUCAGUCCCACGCAGAAAGAAAUCGUUCAUAAGUUGGAAGCCUAUGAGAAGUAAAAAAAAGUGCAGUAGGAACUGCCCUGUACAUGCAUCCAUGUCUGUCAGAAAUAUUAGAAGUUGAUGCUGCAGAUAGGGCUUCCAGCUUGACAGAUGUAACUGUUGAUAGUGUGGUCCGUCUAUCAACGUGGCCGACGGUGUGAAGGCCAGAUUCUUCACCAAUAUCCUGGCGCUUGCGGAAUCUGUGGGAGAGAAGGUCAUUGCAUUUAUUCAGUACAUUACUUCCCAUGAUUUUUUUUUUUUAGUAUAAAUAGAUAGAUAGAUUUUUUGGUUUGAAAGGAGCAAACGGGAACUCUAGAGGAGAACCACCCAUGAAACUGCAUUCAAGGAGGUGAUACCAAAUCUGUGGUUUGAAAGGAGCGAACAGGAACUUGCAUGUAUCCUUUUGUGCAUAUGAUUCUCUUGCUAUUAUUAUGUUGAGUGUAUCUGUCAUUUUCUUCAUAACUAAACUAUAUAUUAUAUUUAUGUUCUUA